UUCAUAGCAGCCACACGCCGUGUGAGGCAGAAGCGACUCCUUUUCCUGCGGCGGCGCCAUGGCGGCUGUAGCCGAAGUCCCGUCCGCGGCGAAGGCGAAAGCCAAGGCCAAGCAGGCGGCCCCGCUCCUUUCCUUGGACCCGGAGCGGCAGCGGGAGUUCCAGGCGGAGGUGCAGCGCGUGAAGAAAGGCAAGGCUGAUAAACAGACUCCUGGUGUUAUUUAUGUGGGUCAUCUCCCAAGGGGUCUUUAUGAACCACAGCUGAGAGAAUACUUCAGUCAGUUUGGAACUGUCACAAGGCUUCGCCUUUCAAGGAGCAAAAAGACUGGAGGCAGCAAAGGUUAUGCAUUUGUCGAAUUUGAAUAUGAUGAAGUUGCUAAGAUUGUUGCUGACACCAUGAACAACUAUCUGUUUGGAGAAAGAAUUUUGAAAUGUCACUUUAUGCCACCUGAAAAAGUCCAUCCAGCCCUCUUCAAGGGCAGUGAGAAAAAAUUCACGAGGCCAACAUAUCCAGCAGUGAAGCGCUAUAAUCGGAAGAGAACAGCCAAAGAGAGUGCAAAAAUGACUCUGCGUUUGUUAAAGAAGGAGAGGCAGUUGAGAAAAAGACUGGCAGAGAAAGGGAUAGAUUAUGAUUUUCCUGGUUUUGCUGCUGAUAUUUCUCUGGCAAAGAAAAAGAAGACUUCUGCAUCAGAUUUGAACGUGUCUGUGAAUAGUGAGGAUCCUACUCCGGUGUGUACACCAACAUUUUUUGAACGCCGAAAAUCCCAGCCAGAAGACAGCGAGGACACAGAAAUAAUUUUAAAAUCGCCAUCUUCGACUGUAAAGACUGGUGUACAAAAAAUGAAAGCAAGAAAGUUACAGAAAAAAGCAGUUGGGAAAAAACGGAAAUGUAAAACAUAAUUAUAUCUUUAACUGAAGGACACUUGGAUUACAUGUGGAUUUCUCCCCAACUUUCCAAUUUAAUAAAGAACCUCUUGUAUAGAA